GCCUUAUUUACCAUGUUGGCGGAAUGAAUUGACCAAGCGCAGAGUCCGGAUGAAACAUUGAAUACCACGACGUUGGCUGUAGUGCGUACAUUUCAUUCAUCCACCUAAACGACCAACCUCGCAAAAGCCACAGGAUGGCAAAAGGAUUUUUGCUAAGACAAAAGUCAAAGGCUCUUGCUUUCAAGCGGAAACGGGUGACCCCCGUGAUUUAGGAACGAAAAUUCUUGUGUUAAGGCCUAACAAUAACAUACGGCAAGGGAAUACAAAACCUUUUAAGCCAAAUUUAUUGAUUGCCAAAUGCGUUGCUUUUAAAUGAACAAUGGUUGCUGCAUGAUACUUGAUCACGUCAAAAGGAAGCUAUGUCUUCUCCGCACACGGAUAUACCUUGAAAAAGCCAUUGAAUCAGCUUUAAGGGUGUUCCAAUCCCACAAAAAACAACACUAGACCUGGGUCAAGACAACAUUAAAAAAACAAUUUAAUUACGCAUAGAAGCCGGUCAAUUCUUUUACACUUUAAGAAGGAAGUUAGCUUUAGGCGUCUCAUUGGCCAGCAUAGAAAGCAUAGUGUACGCACGGAUCUUCAAUAUUACUCAUUCUGCUCCCGCAAUACGCCGGCACGAGCUUGCUGUAAAGAAACAAGUAUUUGAGAUGAACAUAGUCAAGAUAUACCAGUUAUUUUGCUGCAUGGCAUGUUGUCAUCUUCUAUGCAUUGGAGUCCCAAACACCUUUGCGAAGAAAAGGCGAGGCAAGGCAUAUAAAAAAUAUUUGGCAACGAUAAAAAAGGCAAACGAUUUGCUGCUGAAGCACGACAUUCACUUCAGCAAGUUAAAGGCGAUGUUUUUACGCUUCAACACACGUGGUCCCAGGGUUCGACACAGGCGCAAGCGAAAUGUCCAUGUCAACUUUGCACAGCACGUGAUCAUGGCUUUACCAACUAACGUCAUGCGAUGUCGGAUAUUUUGUAGAUCAGGUCUUUACCUCCAGUUAUUGCCGAAUGGGUUAGUGAAAGGUACAAGGAAUCAAUACGACCCUCACAUCUUGCUCGAGCUUCAAUCAUUUGGACCAAGCCUAGUAAGAAUUAAGAGUGUGUACUCAAGCAGAUAUCUCACAAUUGAUGCUGCUGGCAAGUUGAAAACACAGCAUCCUCAACUGCAAGACAGUUUGUUCAAAGAGGUUCAAGAAGAAAACUCUUAUAAUUCAUAUUCAUCGUACAAAUAUUUCUACGACGAGCCUUAUGACAUUUUUGUUGGUUUGCGAAGUACAGGACAAAUUAAAAAGACAUGGAAAGCAUAUCCCGGACAAAUAGCAACACAGUUUUUAGUUAUCAAGGAUGUAAAUUUAUUAAAUCUGUAAGCAUGAUGACGUAGGUACUUUAAUGUAGUGCCAAGGCCUAUUUUUUCAAAUGUGACGAAAGAAUUAAGCUAAGAGUGAGCAUAGUAGCUUAUGAAGGCAUAUUGAACAGAUCCCAAACCAAACCUUACACCUGUGCCAAACUUUAAACAAACUUUAAAAGGAGCAAGGUAAUACUUAGCUAUUCAGAACUCUCUGCUAGCAGCUGCCAUUCUAAGAAAGUCUGCACUCAAAAGAACACCAGUGAUAAUUUAAGAAUAAUUCAAAGGAGCUUUCACACCUAAAAUCGUCUUCAAUUAGCUACACCAACAAAACUCUUUGAAAAUUUAGAAAAACUCUUUCCCGAACUGUUACUUUAUAUAUAAGCCUUUGCAUUCGAAAAAUAUUUUGAUUUGAAAUGCAUUUGCUUUUUUAGCAAGAGAAUAUUACGUAAAAAAUCCGUAAGGCAUUCGUACUACUGCGAGGGCAUGUCUAAACUGCGGAGAAGACGAUUCUUCUCCGCAAUUUAUCAAGUUUUCUCCAGUUUAGUAAAGUUCGAGCAUUUUUAUAAGUUUAAUCACAGUGAGAUGGAGCUUUCCAUACUUUGACCCUAAGUCUUUAAAGGGUACCAUUUAGACACAGAGCUAGCAGAAGGUAGCAUUGUGUUCAGCUCUACGCUAAACGUAGAUAUCUGUGCCUUUAUACACUUGUAAAUUCAUAUUAAUUUAAACACAUUAAAUUAGCAUAUUAGAUGGAUCUAUUUAUUUAAACCA